GCGGGGAGGAAGAGGAAGAGCUCUGUACAGGUGAAAAACCCCUGAAAGAGUUCAGACUCCUGUAGAUGUGAACCGAGGAGCAAAGGAAACGAUUCAAAGAUGGUCGGUGUUUCUGGUUCAUGUCUCUGAAUGACUGAAGUCCAGAAGAUGGAUGAUUGUGUGGAGAAAGAGGAGGAGACACGAGAGUCUCCAGGAUCCAGCCGUCUGUCUAUGAAGAGUGACUGGUCCAAAGGAAAACCCCUAAACUUCAGUAAAGAAAAUGGACCCUCAGACACAAAGUCGGAGCGCUGCAGUUUGUCAGAGAUCAGAUGUCCUCCUCUGGUCUCAGCUAUGGAGUCCAACCCGUCUGAUCUGAGACAUCUGGAUCUGAGUAGUAACAAACUGCAGGAUUCAGAUGUGAAGCAGCUGUGUGUUCUUCUGGAGAGUCCAGACUGCAGACUGGAGACUCUGAGGUUGGAGAGCUGCAGUUUGUCAAAGAUCAGCUGUUCUUAUCUGGUCUCAGCUCUGAAGUCCAACCCCUCCCAUCUGAAAAAUCUGGACCUGACUCUAAACGACUUGCAGGAUUCAGGAGUGAAAUAUCUCUGUGGUUUCCUGGAGAGUCCAGACUGCAGACUGGAGACUCUGAGGUUGGUGCGUUGCAGUUUGUCAGAGAUCAGCUGUUCUUAUCUGGUCUCAGCUCUGAAGUCCAACCCCUCCCAUCUGAAACAUCUGGAUCUGACUAAGAACAAGAGCCUGCAGGAUUCAGGAGUGAAACAUCUGUGUGGUUUCCUGGAGAGUCCAGACUGCAGACUGGAGACUCUGAGGUUGGCGAAUUGCAGUUUGUCAGAGAUCAGCUGUUCUUCUCUGGUCUCAGCUCUGAAGUCCAACCCCUCCCAUCUGAAACUUCUGGACCUGAGUAUAAACGACAAGCUGCAGGAUUCAGGAGUGAAACAUCUGUGUGGUUUCAUGGAGAGUCCAGACUGCAGACUGGAGACUCUGAGGUUGGAGCGCUGCAGAAUGUCAGAGAUCGGCUGUUCUUUUCUGGUCUCAGCUCUGAAGUCCAACCCCUCCCAUCUGAAACAUCUGGACCUGAGCUGUAACCAGCUGCACGAUUCAGGAGUGAAACAUCUGUGUGGUUUUCUGGAGAGUCCAGACUGCAGACUGGAGACUUUGAGGUCAGACAUUAUAAUACUGCUGUACAGACGAUGA